AUGAUUACACCUGCUACCCCCCAAAUUUGGGCUUGGGCCAGCAUGCAACCACUUUUUGGGCACUUUAUCCUGACCACCAAGAGAAUCUCAGCCAAAGGACUAGCAGACCUAUUUGUUUCACACGUCUGGAAAUUGCAUGGAUUACCCGGCACUGUACCAACAACUGGAAUCAAGCCAGCCUUCUCAUUGGCCUACCACCCGGAAUUGGACGGACAAACAGAAAGGGUCAACCAGUUCAUAGAAUUCUAUCUUAGGUCAUAUGUAGCAGCGGAUCACUUGGACUGGGCCAUGUGGUUGCCACUGGCGGAAUAUGCAUACAACAACGCCAAACACGCUGCCACAGGAAAAACUCCCUUUGAAUUAGUCUACGGAAGGAACCCUGUAAUGAACCCCUCCAACAUCCCAGCAAAUGUCCCGGAAGCCAACCAUGUAGCAGACACCCUGGCACAAGAAUGGAAGGAGGCAGAGUCCGCCCUUAGGAUGACAAAGGAAAGAAUGGCAGGAACCAGAGGCACCAUCCCCAAAUACUCCAUUGGGGAAAAAGUAUGGCUAGACGCAAAGAAUGUGAACAUUUGGUCAAAUUCAAACAAACUGGACCCCAAGCGCCUAGGCCCUUUUGAAAUCACCGAGAAAAUCUCUAGCCACGCAUAUUGCCUAAAACUCCCUGCCACUCUGAAAAUCCAUGAUGUGUUCUACGUAGGAUUACUAUCCAAGAGCCACAAAUCCUCAAGCCAACCAUUCCCAGACCAACCCCCUCCUGAGACAAUAGAAGGGGAAGAAGAAUACGAGGUUGAACAGAUCCUUGACUCAAAAAGACAACAAGGAAAGUGGUUUUAUCUCAUCAAAUGGAAAGGAUAUGGACCAGAAGACAAUUCAUGGGAACCGGAAGAACUCCUGGAACAUAGUCAAGAAGAGAUCAACCGUUUCAACAAAUCACAACUGAGAAAGGCUUGUGUCAUAAACAGAGGAAAAUAG